GUCACAGUGUACUCCCAUAACAGGCAGAUAACUUCAGUGUGCAGGUAGCUCUGUUACCUUUACAGCAUGAAGUGUCAGAGUUUGAAGAACAGAUUUAUUGGUCUGAUAGCCGUAGUUUUUCUACUAAUCGGAGCUUUUGUUUUUAAAUAUGAGGGAAAUGUGGAUUACCGUAAUAAUCAUAAAUCCAACAAUAGAUAUGUCAUGGUGGCUCCCGUUCCAGAAAAGCAAGACAAAACAACUUUAGGAGAAAAAGCAGCCUCUUCUCUAAGAUCUACAGUGAUGAGCCGGGAGCCACCUCUCAAACCCACUGUGGAAAAGCAAGCCACGCCAGUGAUGAGCCGGGAGCCACCUCUCAAACCCACUGUGGAAAAGCAAGCCACGCCGGUGAUGAGCCGGGAGCCCCCUCUCAAACCCACUGUGGAAAAGCAAGCCACGCCAGUGAUGAGCCGGGAGCCACCUCUCAAACCCACUGUGGAAAAGCAAGCCACGCCGGUGAUGAGCCGGGAGCCACCUCUCAAACCCACUGUGGAAAAGCAAGCCACGCCGGUGAUGAGCCUGGAGCCACCUCUCAAACCCACUGUGGAAAAGCAAGCCACGCCGGUGAAUGUGCCCAAACCCACGACAAAGAAGGUGGCCAAAGAAAAGCUAAGACCACAGACCCAAAAGAAGCCCUUGAGGAUCGAGGACUUUAUACUCUACCCCAAGUGGGACAUAGAGGAGGACUACCACCGGGACCCUUCUGCAAAAAAGACAACCUGCCCAGAGUCUAUAAGGUCCAGGUCUGCUGAAAUUGAUUGGUUUAAGCAGCUCUUCAUCCCUGACAUCAGCCUCUUCAUGCACAAAGAGCACUUUAAUGAUGAGGAGUGGAAGAGGCUGGAACAUUUCAACCCUCCGUAUGGAUGGAUGGGGACUAAUUACACAGAAGUCAAACAGGCUGUAGAAUUGAUACCUGGGCUAAAGGAACAGACAGUCCUGCUCAGUCCCAAGAGGAAUGACGGUUGUAUCCGCUGUGCCGCUGUUGGGAAUGGAGGGAUCUUGAACGGCUCUCGGAAGGGUGCUGAAAUCGACUCUCAUGAUUACAUAUUCCGUGUGAACGGGGCUGUUAUCAAAGGCUUUGAAGAUGAUGUUGGAGUGAGAACCUCAUUUUAUGUCCACACAGCUCAAACCAUGCUCUCGUCUCUCUGGGGUUAUCAGGAACUAGGUUUUACCAAUGUACCCAUGGAUAAGGAAAUAAAAUACAUCAUGGUUACAGAAGGUAUGAGGGAUUACCAAUGGCUAAGAGCAUUACUGCUGAAUACUACGGUUUCCAGAGGACCCUAUCUUAAAAUGAGGCCAAGGUCGUAUUUUGGGACGGAUUUCACACCAGAAAAGUAUUUGGUUGCUCACCCUGAUUUUAACAGAUACAUUAAAAACAGGUUCUUGAAAUCAAAAACUGUUGAAGGAAUAGAUUGGGCCAUCUACAGACCAACCACCGGAGCCUUCGCUCUGCUCCUGGCUCUGCACCUCUGUGAUGUUGUCGAUGCCUAUGGAUAUAUCACAGAAGACUAUGCCAAAUAUCCAAACCACUACUAUGACAAGACGAAGACAGAAACUGAGUUUUACGACAAUCACGACUUUGGAUUGGAAAUCAAGGAGUGGAAGAAACUGCAUGAUUCUAAACUCAUGAACCUGUAUCAGGGGAGAUAGAGAAAACUUUCCUAUUAUUGACACUGUAUCAGAUACGUGUUUACAAGGAACUCUGCCGUGGCAGUUAUAUUCAUUACAGAAAACCAUGUGUUUUUGUGCCGUGGUACCAAACUGUUUGAAAGUUUCCAAAAAAAACAGCAGCAACAGUGACUAACUAUGUUUAAGUACAUGAACAUUUGCUAUUUGAUAAUAAAAAGACAUUUAAAAAAUAUAUAUGAA